AUGGCGGCGGCGGAGGCGGCGCCGGCGCCGGCGCCCGAAGCGAGCGACUUCUAUGGCGGCGGCGGAGGCCUGUCCACCGGCCGGAAGCUGGUGCCGUGGUCGAGCUGGACAGAGUGGCGCUUCGUGCGCGACGGCCUCUUCUCCCCCUUCCCCGCCGCCGCUCUUCGCAGGAUUGCGGCGUGGCGGAGCAGGGGCUCCCUCCCCAUCCCCGUGGACGUCACCGCCGCCUUCGUCGAGAUACGGCUGCGGGAUCCCUUCUUCAGGAACGGAUUGGCUGGGGAUGAUGCUCUGGAGUCAGAGGAGAUGCUCGCGAUGCUGUACAGCAUGGCAAUCAUGAGGCUUGUAAAUGGUUUCGUGGAGAAUCCAUAUAAAAAAACUGGCCUUUCAAUAUCUGAACUAGCUGAGGCUGUUGGAAUACCACGAGUUCUGGUUGACAUUCGUCAUGAGAGUUCCCAUCGCAGUCUUCCCUCUCUGCGACUGCUACGCUUGGCAAGCAUUAAGGCAUUUGAUUGGUUGAAGUGUAUUUACUGGGAUCGCCAGACUAAUUCAAUUCCUGAUGCUCAAGCGGAACUGAGGUUGAGACUGCAUGAAAUUGCUGGCUUUCUGAAGGAGAAUAAUUCAAAAGAAUCAAAAUCAGGGUCCAAAAGGAAACGUUCUGAGAAAUUGAUAUCGAAAGCCAUGAAGUACGCCAGACGGCUCUACUAUGCUUAUCCCUCUGAAGUGGUCUCUGUUCUAUUGGAUCUUAUGGAACUGGAUGCUGCAGACUCUGAAAGCAUUGACAUGCAAGAAACUGAUAGUUUGGCUGUUAACCACUCAUCUGACAUUAAAUUAUCAAACAGUGAUAUGAAAACUGUCAUACUGAAACUUUCAGAGAAGGAACCGAGAGUGCUGCUUAGUGUGCUAAAGUCAGUAAUUGAAAUGAUCGACGCCAAGGAAGAACUCACAGAUAAAGGUGAAUAUUAUUCUUGGCAGCCAGUAGGGCCAUCCAAAGUGAAAAGGUUAUGUUCCUUGGUUCUAUGGCUUGUCACAAACAUUAAAGAGCUUAAGGAUUCAGGCUACAUUGGACUUAUUCACGAGAUAGGAGUACUUUCUUCAGACAAGAAUGCAAUCCCUCGUUUUUGCCUUGCAAAACUUUUGCAGAAGUUAUUGAAUCUAUCCACUAUAGGUGAAAGAUGUCUCAUAGAUGCAGCACUGUUGUUGAUUGAAAUGGUCAAUGAUAAUAAUGUGAAGGAGAAAUUGAGGAAACUUCCUGUGUUAUGUCUGGGAAGGUUGGCUAAAUCUUCUUCCCUCCCAGAAUCAAGAACCAUAUGCAACCAACAGGGAUCAGAUGAAAACGCAACAGAGACACUAGAAUUAUUCAAAGUGCAGUUGAAGAGGCAGAAGAAUGGCACCACUGAAGGAUCAUCCAAUACGAGCAUGCCAGAGAAACAUGACAGAUGGUCUGUAGCAAAGUCAUGGACUCCCUGCUCGAUAGGAACAGUACCCUGUUCAUUUAGUUCAUGUGCUGUUCUUCCUGCCUUUGAUGUCAUCAGUCAUGAACAAUUUUUCACAUUAGAACAUGAAACUUUUGAGGAGGUUAAUCAUUCUGAAAGGUUUGAGCCUCAGACCGAGGAGUUGGAGGAUGAAAGCAUUCUGGAAAUACCAAGGUCAUCACCAGAAUAUGAAAUUUCAGAUGUGACAGAAUUGACCUGUCCUUUGAAGGGUAGAUUGUUGGUUGGUGGUGUUUGGAAAAUGGUAGCCGAAGAGGAGCUGCUCUUGAUAAAAUCGAAGAUGAAAGUUUUGUUGUAG